AUGAGAACUAAUAAAAGAAACGACGAUGAUAUGGCUGCAGCGGAUGGAAAUCUUCUACAACAACCGAAAGAAGAAACACAAUCAUCAGUCAGAAAUCCGCUUAUGAAAGUGAGAACCUACGUGCUAGCUUUACGGCCAUGGUCUCUGAGUGGAAGCUUGUUGCCUACCUUAUUAGGAGCAGCACUAUCAUAUAGACUACCAGGAGAAAGUGGAUUCAGUUGGGUGACGUUACUCCUCACGCUUUGUACAGUUAUCCCCGUACAUGGUGCCGGUAAUGUUGUAAACACGUACUUUGAUUUCGUAAAAGGAAUUGAUAACCGUAAAUCGGAUGAUAGAACUCUUGUUGAUCGUAUAUUAAGCAUUGAUGAAGUUGUGUCAUUAGGAGCUAUACUGUACAUGGCUGGUUGCGCUUUCUUUUUGCUUUUAGUUAUUUUGUCACCAGCCAGAAUGGAACAUUUGGCCUUAGUUUAUUUUGGUGGCUUAUCAUCAUCAUUUCUUUACACUGGUGGCAUUGGUUUGAAAUAUAUAGCUCUCGGUGAUAUUGUUGUUCUAGUCAUAUUUGGACCAGUGGCUGUUGUUUUUUCCUUCUUAGCUCAGACUGGAAGGGUUGACUGGCCUAUAAUUUAUUAUGCAAUACCUCUUGCUCUUAACACUGAAGCUAUUUUACAUAGUAAUAAUACUAGGGAUCUUGAAAUAGACAGUAAAGCCGAAAUUGUAACAUUGGCAAUUUUAAUUGAAAAAUUACUUUUCAUAAAAUUGCUCCAUGAAAGCCUCCUUCUCACUCGUGCUUUUGAAAUGCUGUAA